AUGGAAGAGUCGGAAGAGCCCACUACGGCUUCUCAGACACACAGUGAAGAGAAAGACUCAAUACCGACAGAAUCAGGCGCAACACAGGAGGCAAGCGCAAGCCAGCCAGACGAGACGGAGGUAGAAGAGCAGGCAGAGCAUGAGGAUGAGGCCGUGAAAGUACCCGCGCCUGCUGUGGAAGAUGGAGUACCCACGCACGAUGCCGGCGCGCAAGAAGCGACACCGUCGUCACCGCCAGUGGGAGACUCGACACCGGGAACGCCCAUGCCACAUCCUCCCCAGACCACGCGACAGCGAACAGAUUCUCAGUCUACUACAGCAACGAGGUCAUCAGCGAAGUCCACAAGGAGCAGUAUGGUAUUUGUUGUAACCGCGCUGGAGAGCAUAGUCGCGUCGAAAGAUGCUCGCAAACGAAAGGCCCUGCAAGAUGCGACCCAAAGAGCCCUGUCAGCGAUCAGGACAGCACAAGGAGAUGCAACACAAAUCGAUCCGGAGAUCAUGUUCCAACCCUUACACUUAGCGACCGAGGCUACGACGGUAUCGGUGGCGACGACAGCGUUGGAUUGCAUCGGCAAGCUCAUCAGCUACUCCUACUUCUCUGCGCCUGCUGCGUCUGAGUCUCAAAGGGAAUCGCAGGAGCCCCAGAAGACUCCACUCAUCGAGCGAGCGAUUGACACAAUAUGCGACUGCUUUCAGGGUGAAGCAACGCCCGCGGAGGUCCAGAUGCAGAUCAUUAAGAGCUUGUUAGCUGCGAUUCUGAACGACAAGAUUGUCGUACAUGGUGCCGGGCUUUUGAAGAGUGUGCGGCAGACAUACAACAUCUUUCUUCUGAGCAAGAGCAGUGCAAACCAGCAGAUCGCCCAAGGGACCCUGAUGCAGAUGGUUGGAACUGUUUUUGAAAGAGUGAAGACAAGACUGGCGUCAAAGGCGGCGCGAGUAGGCUCUUCCACGUCGAGUCUGGCCAAUGGAGAUACUGAUGCUACCUCUGAUGAAUCAUCAGUGGCUCAGGGCGAUGAGACACCAUCAGGGCAAGAUGUUGGAACACCAACUGAGGAGAAGGAUGCUCAACCGAAAAUGACACUGCAGACAUUUGAGACGAGGAAAUCAUUUGAUGAUGCUAGAAUAACAGACACGGCACCCACAACCGUCUCAAGGGCUAAGAAACUAAGCAAGAGACCCUCUAGGUCUGGUUCCGGAAACGAGAUUCCAUCCAUCACUGUCCAAGGCGAGGGUAGCGAGGCAAUUGCAGAGGACGACGAGGAAGACGAGAUCUACAUCAAAGACGCUUUUCUCAUCUUCCGUGCAAUGUGCAAGCUGUCGACAAAGGCUCUCCGGGUCGAAGACACCGUCGAUAUCAAAUCACAGGGCAUGCGAUCCAAGCUCCUCAGUAUGCACAUAAUCCACACUGUGCUUUUCAACCACCACAUUGUUUUCACCUCUCCGCACUCCACGAUCCGAGCGUCUUCCAAUACGGAGCCUACGGGAUUCAUCCAUGCCGCCAAGCAAUAUCUCUGCCUGGCCGCGAGUAAAAAUGCCACAAGCACCGCGAAUAGAGUGUUUGAGGUGUCGGCUGAGAUAUUCUGGCUCAUGGUUCGACAUCUGAGAUCUUACAUCAAGCCCGAGCUGCAGGUCUUCUUCAAGGAAGUCUACUUGGUGGUCCUCGACAAGCGGGCUGCGCCAUCAUGGCAGAAGAGCUACAUCAUUCAGCAUAUCUUUGGUCGCAUUGGCGCAGAUCCUAAGGCGCUGGUGGAGAUUUACCUGAACUACGACUGCGAUCGACAAGCGCUCGACAAUGUGUAUCAGCAUAUCAUUGAGCACGUCAGCAGAGUUGCUAGCCAACCAGUAUCGGUGAACGGCCUGCAGCAGCAAGCAUACAUCGACAGUAUCACGAGCAAGUCAGUGAAUCCUUUAAACGAUUGGCGAGAUCGAGGGACGCUACCUCCAAGUUUAGCAACUGCCAACAUGACCACUCCGCACGAGCCUGAUCCCGUAUUUCCGCCAGAGUAUGCUAUGAAGAUGCAGGGCCUCGAGUGCUUGGUUGAGACUCUGAGGAGUAUGGUCAAUUGGAGUCAGCAGCCAACCGCCGAGAUGCCCGCGAAUCCCUCGGAUGCAGACUCACGCUUCUCGGUCGAUGACCUGAGGGAGAGCCUCGAUGCCAGAGGUGAAGCAGGGCCCGGUGGCAACUCAAUCGAUGCUGCGCCACCUGCGACGCCCCUGAGUGUCGACACGCCUGUUGCUGAAGAUGAUCCGGCUGAGCUUGAGAAGGUAAAAGCCAGAAAGACCGCACUGAACAACGCGAUUCGACAGUUCAACUUCAAGCCUAAGCGAGGACUGAAGCAACUGAUAUCUGAAGGGUUUAUCACUUCAGGCGAGCCGCAAGAAAUCGCACGGUUUUUCUUUGGCAACGACCGAAUCAACAAGAAGGCGCUUGGCGAGUUUUUGGGUGAGGGCGAUGAGGAGAACAUCAAAAUCAUGCAUGCAUUUGUUGAUCAGAUGGACUUUACUCGCACUCGCUUCGUUGACGCUCUCCGCAGGUUCCUGCAAUCGUUCCGUCUACCGGGUGAAGCGCAGAAAAUCGACCGUUUGAUGCUCAAGUUUGCCGAAAGAUAUACCGGUGGCAACCCUAAUGCUUUCGCCAACGCUGAUACGGCUUACGUUCUGGCGUACAGUGUCAUCAUGCUCAACACAGACCAGCAUUCGGCUCAAGUGAAGAAGCGUAUGACCGUCGAAGACUUCAUCAAGAAUAAUCGAGGUAUCAACGACAAUGCCGACCUGCCGGAUGAGUACCUACAGGGUAUCUUUGACGAAAUCGCACAUAAUGAGAUUGUGUUGGAUACUGAGCGGGAAAACGCGGCCAACUUGGGCAUGCUGCCUCAGCAACCCAGCGGUCUGGUGAACACCCUGGCUAAUGUCGGACGAGACUUGCAACGAGAAGCCUAUGCUCAACAAAGUGAGGAGAUGAGCAAUCGUACCGAGCAGCUAUUCAGAAGUCUUCUCCGGGCUCAGAAGAAGGCUGGCGGACUGGCAGCUCACGCUGCUGGCAAAGCCAGGUUCCUCACUGCCAGCUCAUCAAGGCAUGUCGGACCCAUGUUCGAGGUCACUUGGAUGAGCUUUUUGACCGCGCUUUCCGGAUCAACCCAGGAGACGCAGAAUCUUGAGACUAUCCGGUUAUGCAUGGAGGGACAGAAGCUAGCUGUCCGCAUCGCCUGCUUGUUCAACCUCGAAGACCCGAGACAAGCUUUCGUAUCAAGCUUGAGUCGGGGCACAAACCUGUACAACCUUUCCGAGAUGAAGGCGAAAAACGUGGAGGCUCUGCGAGCUCUCUUAGAAGUUGCUUUUACGGAAGGCAAUCAUUUGAGAGAGAGCUGGCGAGAGAUCCUGACAUGCAUAUCACAGCUGGAUCGAUUCCAGCUUAUCUCCAGUGGUGUAGAGGAGGGCGCCGUACCGGACGUGAUGAAGGUGCAGGGCGUCCAAAACGCAUCAAUCAACGGUGCGGGCAGGAAGAGUGUACAACUCAACAGGCGACCGACACAGCGACCAGCAACGAGUGGAACAUUCCAAGCCGAGAUUGCGGAAGAGUCGAGAAGCGCGGAUAUGAUUCGUGUAGUCGAUCGCAUCUUUACCAAUACUGCCAAUCUGUCGGGUGAAGCUAUCGUCGAUUUUGUGAAGGCUCUUAGUCAAGUGAGUUGGCAAGAGAUUCAGUCCUCGGGAUUAUCGGAGUCGCCUAGAACAUACAGCUUGCAGAAGUUGGUCGAAAUCUCCGGCUACAACAUGCUGCGUGUCCGAUUUGAAUGGACAAGUAUCUGGCAGAUCCUUGGACAACACUUUAUCGACGUCGGCUGCCACAACAACACACAUGUCGUCUACUUUGCAUUAAACAGCCUGCGACAGCUGAGCAUGCGCUUCAUGGAGAUCGAAGAGUUGCCUGGAUUCAAAUUCCAGAAAGACUUUCUCAAGCCGUUUGAGCUCAUCCUUGGCAAUGCCUCUCAAGUGGCAGUCAAAGACAUGGUGCUGCGAUGUCUCGUUCAAAUGAUCCAGGCACGCGGCGACAUGAUCCGAUCGGGUUGGAGGACCAUGUUCGGCGUCUUCACCGUGGCUGCCAGAGAGACCUACGAGAGUAUCGUCAACCUGGCCUUCGAUAAUGUGACGAUGGUCUACAACGAGCGGUUCGGCGUGGUCAUAUCGCAGAGCGCAUUCGCCGACCUCAUCGUAUGCUUGACCGAGUUCAGCAAGAACAAGAAGUUUCAGAAGAAGAGCUUGCAAGCCAUUGAGAUGCUCAAGUCAUGUGUACCCAAAAUGCUCAGGACGCCAGAGUGCACCCUUUCUCGGAGAUCAUCCGGUGUCAAAGAUGCUCCUCAAGCAGAAGGCUUACCAAAGCACCCAAGUCGACAGACUCAAGAAGAACAGUACUGGUUCCCGGUGCUCUUCGCUUUCCACGAUGUCCUCAUGACUGGAGAAGAUCUCGAAGUCCGAUCCCGAGCGCUCAACUACCUCUUUGACACUCUCACCAAGUACGGCGGUGAAUUUCCCCGCGACUUCUGGGAUACACUGUGGAGGCAGCUCCUUUACCCGAUCUUCAUGGUCUUGAAAGAUCGGAAGGCGAUCAACCACGAGGCUGUCAACCAUGAAGAGCUAUCCGUCUGGCUGUCAACAACCUUGAUCCAAGCGCUGCGCAACAUGAUCACUCUCUUCACACACUUCUUCGAGAGCUUAGAGUACAUGCUGGACCGCUUCCUGGAUCUCCUUGCGCUGUGCAUAUGCCAAGAAAACGACACCCUGGCACGAAUUGGCAGUAACUGCCUGCAACAGCUCAUCCUUCAGAACGUCAAGAAGUUCUCCCCGAACCAUUGGGAGCAGAUCGUGGGGGCUUUUGUCGAUCUAUUUGCAAGGACCGAGGCCAGAGAGCUGUUCUCCGCAGCGACAUCCUCAUCAUACCAGAAGGACAGUUCAUAUUCGAAUGGUGUCUCUGAGACACUCAAGACGUCAUCCGCGUCGGAUGAAGCUGCGUCCAUCAGCUCGAAUGCGCUGAAGAUCAAUGGCAUCGACACCUCCAGUUCAGCUGAGUCGGCAACACUCAGUAAUGAGUUGUCAACGACGCUUUCGCUCUCGGACGGCGAGGAACGCAGUCCUUCACCCGCACCACGGAAGCAGUCGGAGCUUGAAGACUUCGCCUCCCAAAACCCCAAGCAGCAAGCACCUGUCGUGGUCACGGCCGCAAGACGACGAUACUUCAACCAGAUCAUCACCAAAUGCGUGUUGCAACUGCUCAUGAUCGAGACGGUAUCGGAGCUGUUCAACAACGACGCCGUGUAUGCAUCGAUACCGUCGCAUCUGCUGCUGCGACUGAUGGCACUGCUCAAGAAAUCCUAUCACUUUGCCAAGCGGUUCAACGAGGACCGCGAACUGCGCACGCGCCUGUUCCGCGAAGGCUUCAUGAAGCAGCCACCGAAUCUGCUCAAGCAGGAGAGCGGCAGUGCUAGUGUCUACGUGCUCAUCCUGCUGCGCAUGUACGCCGACCAGAGCGACGAGCGAGCCGCUUCGAGACCGGAAACGGAGGCCGCCCUGAUCCCUCUCUGCAGCGACAUCAUUGCAUCCUACAUCAGUCUGGACGAGGAGACGCAGCAGAGGAAUAUCGUGACCUGGAGACCCGUGGUGAUUGACGUAUUGGAAGGGUAUACCAACUUUGCGGAUCCCGAGUUCAGCAAGCACAUGGAGACGUUUGCGCCGCUGGCUGUCGGUCUGAUGGGGCGAGAGAUGGGAGGGGAUCUGCAGAGAGCGGUUCAGAGUGUCUGGGCUCGGGUGUGUGAGGUGAAGUUGGGGCUCACGAUGGAUCUGGGGCCGGGGAGUCCGCAGGUCGGCAGGGGAGGGAGUAGGCGUUAG